AUGGAGUUAUUGAACUCUACUGUCUACAUAAAUUGUCAAAUUUCCUCUAAAAUUCCAUUUUUGUCCCACAAUUUCCCCUUCACCACUUGGAAAAACAAGAAAUACCCAUCAAGAGUAACCAUACCCAACUCCAGAAGACCUUCUUUACACCCUCAGUUUAUACUCUGUUUACCCCGCUCGAAGAAAUUCCAAGUUUCAGCUCAUUUUGGCCGACCCACAAACCGCCAAAAUUAUCUGAGGAAGAAACUCACUGAACGGCAACAACAGGUGAAUGAUCUUGAAAACCCAGUUCAUAAAUUCAAUGAAGGUGAUAUUCCUGAAUCUAAUUUUGAUAGUUAUGGUAAAGAAAACAGUAAUCUAGACAAAAUGAGCAGUCUGGAUAAGAGUUUUGGUGAUAUUAAUAGAGAAUAUGGAAGCGUUAUAGAACCGGCAACAGAAUCAAGAAGAAAGAUUUUGGGUGAGUCAGUUUUGUGGAAUAAGUUAGAGAGUUGGGUUGAGCAGUAUAAGAAGGAUACUGAAAUGUGGGGCAUUGGGACUGGUCCUAUAUUUACUGCUUUUCAGGAUACUGAAGGCAAGAUUAAAAGGGUAGUUGUGAAUGAAGAUGAAAUUUUGAGAAGAAGUCAAGUUAAUCCAGGGGACGAUAAUGAAACCGAGGACUUAGCUGAAGUGAAUUUCAAAAUUUCUUUUGCUAAAGAUUUGGCUAGAGAAAUGGAGAGGGGUAGUGAGGUGAUUCCAAAGAAUAGUUCGGUGGUGAAGUUUGAAAUGUCUGGUGAAAAAUUGGAUUUUCUGGACGUGAUUCAGAGUGUUAAAAUAAAACCAGGCACGUUUUCAAGAAUGUCGAGAGUUGGGUUCAUAGUAUUGUGUGGUUUAUUUGUGGUUUGGGCAGUUAAAGAAGUCUUCACUUUCGGGGAAGAUAGUGAGGAAUACACGAGGUUGGAAAAGGAAAUGUUGAGGAGGAAGAUGAAAGCUAGAAUGGAGAAAGAAAAAAUGGUGAAGGGUAGUGUAGAAGUUAUGCAGGAUUCCACAGAGUUAUUUAAUGUAUCUCUGGGGAUGCCUCAGCUUGAUAAGGAAGAAGUUGUGAACAGCAUUAUUAAAGCAAAUGUAUUGAAUAAUGAAUUGGCAGGAAUGGAGUAUUCGGAUUAUAAACCUAACAAUUUUAAUGACAAAAUUGAAGAAAUCAGAGCAAUGGCGAGGCAUGCACGGGAACUUGAGCAAAAGGGUUCUUCAGAGGACAAUAGUGAUGGAGAGGAUGGUGGUGUGAGUUCUCACAAUGACCUUCCUAAUGGACAGGCAAUGGAUAUUAGAGAUUCUGGAGGAACUUUGCUUACAUCAUUUGGUGAUUUAGAAGAAAAUAGUGGACUUCCUACUGACGAAGCUUCAAUAGACGAAAUUCCGAUGCAGAUUUGUAACAUGUCAAAUUCAGAUGGCAAUGAGAAUACAGCACUUGAGGUUAGCAACGGGAAAUUUGGUUUUAACUCCUCAGAUUUGAAUGAAGUGAAUUUACAAUCUGAUAAAAGUUCUGUGAGAACUAAAUUGUGGGUCAUAAAAUCUGUUAAAGAAGCUCGGGAAUACCUCUCUAAAAGGAAUGACAAAGAAGACAUAAAUCAAGAACCUGUAGCCAGAAUUAAAGAACAACUUGACACUGAUUUAUUUAUGCCAAGUAGAAAUGAAGCCUCGGAUGACAAUAUCGAAUUAUCCGACUCUUCUCCUUUAGGUGAAAGACAUAAAGAUUCCUGUUCCGAUGGAAAGGAACAUGCUUCAGCAAACAAUGGGGACUCUGAAGUGACAGAAGGAGAAGUGAAUGGCCUACAUAAUCUAAAUAAUAGCAGGAUAUCCUCAGGUCAUGAAGUGAGCCUCAGCAGUCAAAAUAGAGGUCAUGAAGAUUCAAGCUUGUCGGACAAAGCAUCAACUUCCCAUGAGAAGCAUAAUUCUGAAGGUAUUGAAAAUAUUGCAGCAGGGAUUGAUCUUCAAAUGCCUGAAACUACCAAUAGUAAUGAAGUUAAUGGCGGAAGUGCAAAGCUAGCAUUGUCUGGAAAUAAGGAAAACUGGAUGGAGAAAAAUUUUCAUGAACUUGAGCCCAUUGUACAAAAGAUUGGAGCUGGCUUUAGAGAGAAUUACCGGGUCGCAAGGGAAAAUACAAAUCAAGAGUUUGAGCUUAAGUCCCUUGGAGAUGACAAUGAACUCGAGUGGAUGAAAGAUGAUAGGCUCAGAGAUAUUGUAUUCAAAGUUAGAGAAAAUGAGCUUUCAGGAAGAGAUCCGUUUUAUCUUAUAGACGAAGAAGAUAAAUGUGCAUUUUUCAAUGGCCUUGAGAAGAAAGUUGAUCAAGAGAAUGAGAGGCUAAUGAAUCUGCACAAAUAUUUUCACUCCAACAUUGAGAACCUUGAUUAUGGAGCAGACGGCAUUAGCUUGUAUGAUCCGCCGGAGAAAAUCAUACCUCGGUGGAAAGUUCCCCCAGCAGAAAAGAAUCCUGAGUUCCUUAACAAUUUCAUAGAACAGAGAAAGGAACUUGUUGCUGAAAGCAUUAAAAAAUCAUUUCUCGUAAAGAAGACUGAACAAAAUGUCCUUCAGAAAUCUGAAGAACUUUCAUCUCAUGACAAUAUGCCUAGGUCAAAAGAUGUCUCUGAUAUAAGUACAGAACUUCGGAAAGAGCCUACAGUAUCUUCAAAGACUAUUAUAGAAGGCAGUGAUGGUUCCGUGAGAGCCAGUAAAAGAUCUGGGAGGGAGUACUGGCAGCACACUAAGAAAUGGUCCCAAGGAUUUUUGGAGUCGUACAAUGCAGAAACAGACCCAGAAGUCAAAGGUGUAAUGAGGGAUAUGGGUAAAGACUUGGAUAGAUGGAUCACUGAGAAAGAAAUACAGGAAGCAGCUGACCUAAUGGACAAAAUUCCCGAGAAGGGUCGUAAAUUCGUUAAGGAAAAACUCGACAAGGUCAAAAGGGAAAUGGAACUAUUUGGACCUCAAGCUGUUGUUAGCAAGUAUCAUGAAUAUGCAGAAGAAAAGGAAGAAGAUUAUUUGUGGUGGCUAGAUCUACCCUUCGUACUGUGCAUAGAAAUGUACACACUAGAAAAUGGGGAGCAGAGAGUGGGUUUUUAUUCACUGGAAAUGGCUGCUGAUCUUGAAUUGAACCCAAAGCAGUAUCAUGUGAUUGCUUUUGAGGAUGCUGGUGAUUGUAAGAAUCUUUGUUACAUUAUACAAGCUCAAAUGGAAAUCCUAGGAAAUGGAAAUGCCUUUGUUGUUGCCAGACCACCUAAGGAUGCUUUUCGCGAAGCCAAGGUAAAUGGUUUCAGUGUGACCGUCAUCGGAAAAGGACAGCUGCAGCUCAAUGUGGACCAAACAUUGGAAGAAGUAGAAGAACUAAUCGUAGAAAUAGGGCGUAUUUGGGAUAAGCAAGCCAACCAAGAGGAGGAGAUCGAAGCGGAAACUGAAAAGGCGCACGAAGCUGUGAAUGAGAAAUUUAUUCGGAGGAUUGUCAUUUUGAGUAUUUUGAGCAGAAGUAACUAG